AUGUCUACCAAUUACCUUCACUCCUACACAGUAGUCAACCCUCAACCCUCAGUUCUUUACGGAUGCCUCUUUACCGUAGUCCUUGUUCUUAUUGCUGGAAUCCUGGUGUGCUUUUGGUGGCGCCGCCGGUUAUAUUACUGUUGUCGACGGAAACUUCCACAUGCAAUCUCAGUCAGCUCAUUAGGUAAAAUUACCCAGCAUCACCUUACUAACCCAAACUAUUACUCAAGCUCCCCUGACAAUCCCUUCUUGAAGAUGCUACGUGACAUGGAAAUCCCCGGCGAAAGCAUCACUUUCCAAGAGACUGUCGGUGAAGGUUGUUUUGGUAAAGUUUACAAAGGUAUUUAUAUUCAAGACUCAGGAAUAGCAGUUCCAGUUGCUGUAAAAGUUCUUAAAGACAACUUAUCGUCUGAAGUUGAAAGUGACUUUGAAAGAGAAGUUGAAGCAAUGUCAACUUUUGACCACGAAAACAUACUGAAACUGUUAGGUGUUGUGUUGAAAGAAGCCGAAGCUGUUCCUUGGAUGGUUUUUGAAUUCAUGCAAUAUGGCGACUUAGGAGAAUUAUUACGAAAUAAUAGUUCAUACAUAAACCAGCCACCUGGUGGUCUCUCCUACAGGUUAACUCAGGCCGACCUCGUGCUAUUCGCAACACAAAUCGCUAGGGGUAUGACGUAUUUAUCAUCUCAACACUUCGUCCACAGAGACCUGGCCACUAGAAACUGCUUAGUGGGAGAAAACCUCACGGUCAAGAUAUCGGACUUUGGCAUGUCUCGUGACAUCUAUACGUGUGAUUAUUACAAAAUUGGUGGGUCCCGGAUGUUGCCCGUGCGAUGGAUGGCGCCAGAAAGCAUGAUGUAUGGAAAGUUUACUCUCGACUCUGAUGUGUGGUCUUACGGUGUUGUUUUGUGGGAAAUUUUUACUUUGGGCAAACAGCCCUAUUAUGGUCAUUCCAAUGAAGAGGUUGUAAAACUGGUUUUGCAAGGAAUUCUUCUAAGUCCUCCAGGAGAAUGCCCAUAUUACAUUUAUGACAUCAUGGCAGGAUGUUGGAAGACUGAGCCACGGGACAGACUGAAGUUUCCUGAUAUUUACCAGAUUUUGGAAUACAACAUUCCUUCUGAUUCAUCACAAACUCUUGUACAAUAUCUUGACGUGGGAUCGCUGGUUCCAGUUACAGUGUACAAGAAUCCAUGUUCUCCUAGAUCGCUGGUUCCAGUUACAGUGUACAACAGUCCAUGUUCUCCUAGAUCGUUGGUUCCAGUUACAGUGUACAACAAUCCAUGUUCUCCUAGAUCGUUGGUUCCAGUUACAAUGUACAACAAUCCAUCUUCUCCUAGAUUGUUGGUUCCAGUUACAGUGUACAACAGUCCAUGUUUUCCUAGAUCAUUGGUUCCAGUAAAGUUUACAACAAUCCAUGUUCUCCUAGAUCGUUGGUUCCAGUUACAGUGUACAACAGCCCAUGUUCUCUUAGAUUAUUGGUUCCAGUAA